AUGCAGGACGCCUCACCCUCAGCCGAGCCCUCACGGCGCAGCUACAUAUUGCUGGGCGAGCGCGUGCUGAUCCCGGCCACUCUCAAGAACAGCACGACUGGCUACAAGAACGUGAACUACGAUCGCGGCAAUAAUAAGUUCAAGGCGCAGGUGCGGGUUGCUGGCAAAAGUGUCUCCCUCGGCUACACCGCCGAAGAGGCGGCCAUCGCCUACGCUCGGUCAGAGUACGGCCGCGCCGACGCCGCCAAGCUGCUGCAGCCUCGCCCCGCUCCCACUGCCGCUGGCCUCGAGGCGAUACGGCAGGCGGAGAGGGAGGGCCUGACUCUCACCGCCAGCAGCAGCAACAGCGGCUACAAAGGCGUGACCUUCUACCCAAAUCGGCAAUGUAGCAAGAAGUACCAGCUGAAGGUGAAGGUUGGCGGCACAACAGUCUUCCUCGGCUGCUUCGCCACCGCCGAGCAGGCUGCGCUCUUCUACGCCCGCAGGGAGGCGGGCAGGGACACCAGCGAUCUCACCCUCCCGCCAGCGGCCUCUUGGACGGGGGGUAAAAAGGAGUGUCGCGAAGUCCCCGCCCGGUCUUUGUAA